ACUGAUUGAAAGCAGGAAAGUAUUACAUUAUUUAACCUCUUUUAAGACAUUUUAAUAUAGGUGACUGUCAAUUUUUUAUUUAAUACUUUGUUUGUUUGUUUUUAUCUUUUUGCCAACGUUAAAGACCUUUAAGAUUUUGACCAAAAUUUAAAAAAAAAAUCACUUGUUAUGCAAAGAAAGUAUAAAUUGUAGUGAAUUUUAAAUUUUAGUUUUUAAUAUUAUGUUGUGUUAAGUUCAAAGAUUUUGUGAUGAUUAUAAAAUGCAAUUGAGGUGAUAGUUUAGUCAUCAUAACCUGUUUUGUUUUCUUACUAAACACAUCCCUUUAACAGUUAUUUUAAUUUCCCUGUUUUACUAAUCCCCCAAAAAAAUGGCUGCCAAAAUUGUGAUCUUUGCUGUUCUUGCCCUAUGCGCCACUCAAACUCUUGCUAGUGGUUAUUCUACCUUUGCCUCUACUUUUAAUGCUCACAGCAUCAAUCAUGCUGUAGCUUAUCCUGCUGGCGCCGCUAAAGUUGCUGUGCCCGCUGUUGCGGCCACUCCAGCUGCAGUUGCUGCUCCUAUACCAGCUGUAGCUCCUACACCUGCUGCUGCUCCCACUCCUGCCGCUGCUCCUACUCCAGCCUCUGCCCCCCAAACACCCUCGGCUGCUAAUGCAGGUGGUCAAUCACCUGCUCCUACUAAUGCCGCACCAGCUCAGGUUCCUCAAGUAGGAUUUGCUACACCAUUUGGUUUUACUGCACCUGGUAAUUUUGGUUUUCCUGCCGCUCCAGUAGGUUUUGCUGCUGGUCCAGCUUAUGCUCCUACCUAUGGUGCUGGACCUGCAUAUGGUGCUCCUGCUUAUGGACCAGCUUAUGCUGCCGCUCCUGCUUAUGCCGCUGCUCCUACUUAUGCUGCUGCAUAUGGUGCUCCUGCUUAUGGCCCAGCUUAUGCCACCGCUCCUGCUUAUGCUCCCGGCCCUUUUGCUUUUGCCGCCCCUGGUAAAGUUGGUUUUGCUGCUGCUCCUUCCUCAGUAGCUUUUGCUUCAGCUGUCCCUGCUUCCGCCCCUGUUAACUUUGCUGCAGCCCCCUCUAAAGUAGCUUUCUCUGGUCCAGCUACAUUCGCUGCCUCCCCCUCAUAUGCUGCCUGGUAAACACUUAAUUAAUUAAGAUGUUUUUAAACCAAUUAGCUAUACACUUCCAAAAAAAUUAAUUUAUUUCACUUUUUUCAAAAUUUCCACUUUCAUUUUUAGUUAUAAGUAACCCCCUCCCACAAAAAGAAAUAACUGUUAAUAAAAUUAUGACCAAUUAUUUAUUUAAUAUAAAA